CAUCAGUAUAGAGGCAGAUACACGCACGCACGCACGCACACGAUGUCUGGCCGUGGCAAAGGAGGCAAAGCGAGGGUGAAGGCAAAGUCCCGUUCCAGCCGUGCUGGAUUGCAGUUCCCGGUCGGUCGCAUCCACCGUCUGCUCCGGAAGGGCAACUAUGCCGAGCGGGUCGGUGCCGGGGCCCCAGUCUACCUGGCGGCCGUCAUGGAGUAUCUGGCUGCGGAGGUGCUCGAGUUGGCGGGAAACGCUGCCCGUGACAACAAGAAAACCAGAAUCAUCCCCCGUCAUCUGCAGUUGGCCAUCCGCAACGACGAAGAGCUGAACAAACUGCUGUCCGGCGUGACCAUCGCCCAGGGCGGUGUCCUGCCGAACAUCCAGGCCGUUCUGCUGCCCAAGAAGACCGAGAAGAAGACGACGGCAUAGGCUGGGCAGCAUUCCGCUCGCGUCCUCGCGUGUCGACCCAAAAUCAAAACCGUCCUUUUCAGGACGACCAUAUCCCAUUCGCCCCGCUGGAGAGUUGUUUCGAGACAUGUUCUGUUAGCCCACACAUUGUUCGAUAGAGGAGUUGGUGACAACAUUCUGUCGGAUGAUAGCUUUGCUGAGUAUCGUUUGGCUGCUAAAGCCCAAUUUCGUGUUUAAAUGAAAUCGCUCGAGAAAUGUCUUGACCGAUUCCUGGCAGAAACUUCCUAACAGUGCCACUUGAAUUGUCAUUUCUUCGGUACGCAACUGCGUACUGCGAUCAAAGAAAACGAAUUUCUCGCGCGAUUCAGGC